ACCUCCCUUUUUUCUGAGAGGAUGCUACCAUUGAUGAAAAGCACAAAUAGCAGCCGAUACUACAAGAAACGCAGCCGGUUCACAGCUCCAGCCCCGCGACACCUGCGGGCAGAAGGCGACAGCCACACGCCGGCUCCGGGGUCGCCUCACGAAAUGGCGGCCGAGCCGCCGCCUGAGGGCCGUUGGGGGCGGUUGCGACCGUUGGCGAGGCGCGCGACGGCCAUGGCGGGGCGGCGGCAAGAGGCGGGCGCCGCGCUGAGGCGGCGGCAGGAGCGGGCGCUGCGCGGCACCAUGCGCGUCGUGCGGGAGCUGGGGCCCGCCGCGUUCCUGCUGCAGGAGGACGGCCGCCGCGGGCCGCCGCUGAGGGUGCUGCUCGGAGCGCCGCACUCGUGCACCUGCGGCACCGCCCGGGCGGGAGCGGGGCUCUGCGAGCACCUCUGCUGGAUACUGCUGAAAAAAUACCGUUUACCAAGAGAUCAUGAAUAUGCUUCUAAGUUGGGUCUUCUCGAAAGAGAAAUUGAGGAGAUACUCGAGCGAUUGCAUCAGAAAUCAACACAAAAUGCAAAACAAACUCUCCUCUCACAAACACCACAUGAAGAGAAUGACAGAUGCAUUCAUCAGAAAGAAAUUGACGAAGAGGAUGUUUGUCCCAUUUGUCAGGAGGAGUUACUAAAGAAAAUGCUUCCCAUCACUUACUGCAGAUACAGCUGUGGUAACAACGUACACAUAAAAUGCAUGAAAAUUUGGGCUGACCACCAAGAUGAAACUGAGAAAGAUUCUGUAGUGAAGUGCCCACUCUGCAGGGAAAAAUUUGCACCACUAAAGCUCAUUCUAGAAGAAUUCAGAAACUCUAAUCAGCUUGUGACUGCAACAGAGAAAGCAAGACUGGAUAGGCACCUCGGAAUCCCUUGCAAUAACUGCAGAGUAUUUCCAAUUGUGGGCAAGUGCUACAAGUGCACUGAGUGUGCUGACUAUCACCUAUGCCAUGAAUGUUUCACUGGUUUCUGCCAUUCUCCACACGUUUUUCUUUUUAGACAGAAGAGAAAUAAGAAAUGGAGAGCUCUUGAACAGCUUUCAGAAUUAUCAGCCCAAGGAGCAAUAUCGAAAAGCUUUAACCCAGCAAAUAAUUCUGAAGAAAGGCUAUUAUAUCUUCAGAAGACUACUUGUACCCCAAAGAACAUUGUGAAGUCUUUACCUGUUAUUUUAGUUAGCAAACAUAGUAAUUUACUUGCCCCAGGUAUUCAAUGUAGACUCUGUUUGAAGAGUUUCCAUCUUGGUCAGUGUGUAAGACUCCUACCAUGUAAUCACAAGUUUCAUAGGGAAUGUAUUGACAGUUGGCUACUAUACCGAAAAAACACAUGUCCUAUUGAUGAAUAUGUUGUAUACAAUCCUCUGACUUGGAAGGAUACACCAGCCAAACAGGAAAACUUCUCAACAGGUUCUCACACAAGUGUUAGAGAACUUGUAAAACAAGGAAAACUGGAAAUGUGUCUCUCUGGAAGUCAAUUUUAUCUCAAGCAAGUAUCAUCUGAACAUACAUCAGGAAGUUCUCAAAGGAGCUUCAAAAAACUUGCUAAUAACAGCGUGCCAGAGACUCAAAAGGAUUUAAGAAGUUUUAGUGACCUCCAUCUAGAUGAUUCUGAUCAUAACAGCAGCAGAACUCUAUGCAAUUUUUCUAGGCACAGUAAGGAUAUUUCUCUAAGCUCUUCUGAGGCAGCAUAUUCUACGAAGUCCAGCGCCAUGAGGAAGGCUGACGUUCAUGAUGCUUUCAGAAUCCCACAUCGGUUUGACUGCAGCAAAACAAGCAAAGUAAUUCCUACUAGAAAAUAUGGCUGUGAUAAUUCCACAAAUGGAAGAUACCCCAGGGAGCUGAAUUUGGAAAUCAAUUUGUGUGCAACAAGCUAUUCUUCAAAAAAAGGCAGUAAAGAUGUGGGAAACACCAGCCACCAACAGAGGCUCCUAACAAGGCGACUGCCUAAAGAUAAUCAUCUUAACUUUAAACAAACAAAACCAGAUUUAUUAUUGGAAGGAAUUCCACUGCAUGUCAGCUCACGAUUUUCUUGUUUUAAAUAACACAGCUGUAUUUUUACCUCUAUAAACCGUACACAGGAUUUCUUAGAGACCAAGACACAAGUUAAUAAGUGAAUAAUCCCAUGGCCUGAAGUGUGGAUACUACAAAAACUAAUUCACUGGUGUUCAGUACUGCAAGAAAUGUUUGCAUUAGAUCAUCACAAACAUACGAACUCAUCUGGCUGGUGUAGACGUUUCAGAAAAUAGCUACAUACUUGUAAAAUUGUCACUGUGUCUUACUGGAAAGUUUUUAACCUUCAGUAAAUAAAUUACUCAAAAGAAAUGUAAAAUGUAGAGAGUUUUUAUAUUCUUAAAGACCAGUUAGAUCAAACUUCUUAUUUAGAGGUAUAAUAAAUGAAGCCAGACUGAUUUUAACAUUAUUGCUGAAAGAGCAAUAUAUCAAAUCUGAGCAAUAUCAAAUCUGCUGUUUUCAGUAUGCAAUAAUAAAAGCAAGAUGGACAAGAA